ACAGCGUACAAAUGCAAACAAACAAGGAAAUUCGUAAUCGCAAACAGUAACUGCACAAUACUCUCGGAAAUUUGAACUAUGGUGAAAAUUGCUGUACUUGGCUGCGGCCUAAUGGGUACUAAAAUUGCCGGAUGCAUGGCAUAUCAUGGGCAUCGGGUGAAAAUAUUUGAUGUCAAUGCAUCAGCUCUUUCUGUUGUUCAGGAGAAUUUAGACCAAGACAAAGAUGAAUUACAUAGAGACGGGCUGAUGACACACCCAAAGUUUCUGGGGCAAGUAUUAUGCAUGAGCCGAUUAGAGGAUGCAGUAGAUGAUGCAGAGUUCAUCUUUGAGGCUGUGAUUGAAGAUUUAGAUGUCAAGAAAGAAUUGUUUGAAAGGCUAACUCAGAUGUGUAAACCAGAUGCUAUUAUUGGCAGUAAUUCUCUUCAGUGUAAUAUUGAUGAAGUUGCAGAACGGGCAAAUUGUAAAGAGAGGAUUAUGAACCUGAGGUUUCUUCAUCCUGUAUACACAAUUCCUGAAGUAGAGAUUACUACAACCAGACACACAACACCUAAUAAUGUAGAGAAAGUGAGGCAAUUAUUGGAGAAGAUGGGCAAGACUCUCUUUUAUCGUUCAGGUAAAGAACCUCUCAUCCUCUCAGCCAUCCAGAUUGCUUCAAGAAAAUUGGCACGUCGGCAGCAGAUUUUGAGGCAAAGGGGACUUGCGGGAUUCCCUCAAAAUGAUGUACCAGGCCUGGGCCACGAUGGCAAUACAACACCUAUGCAAGAUGAUGAAUGUGCCACGAGUAACGAAUUCGACUGCGCAAUUUGCAUGGACCGAAAACGUGACUGCCUCCUGUGCCCAUGCCACCAUCUCGUCACUUGUCACGAAUGUGCGAAAUCGCUCGUAAAUCGCCAAGACUGCUGCCCGAUAUGCCGGAAGGAGAUUUCAGAGAUCAUUCGCGUGUUUACGGCUUGAUGCAAUGAUGAUUAAGAACUUUAUUGCACAGGGUUUCCAAUCAUAAAAAGAGGCUUCAUGGCCUUUAUGCUGAACUGCAGUUUUAUUAAUACCAUGGUUUAAUUUGAGUAGCCAAAAUUGUCAGAAGUAAAAAAAAAUUUUUGUACAAUUAAUGUUCAUUUUUUGUUUGUUGGACUUCUGGACCCUGUAACAUGAUUGCUUGCAAAUUGUAAAAUGACAUCGGUCAAUCAGUAUCUGUGUUGCGUGAACACAAUGUCUAUUAUAUCCCUUAUCUACCAAUCAUGAUAGUUGUACUGAAUUGCAAUUUGUCAUAAAUCUAUAGUGUCACAGGGUCCUAGUCUCUUAAUAUAAUGGUCGAGAAAACAAUUGCACUUAUCAUUCCCAGACAACCAAUAUGAUAUGAAUACCAAAAAUGUUUACAAAUCAAAUAUCUAUGUUCCGUAGAGAUUAAUGUUCCAUCUGGCUAUGUGUGGUUUAACAUAAAUGUAAACCUUUGAGUUAAACCAGGGGAUGUGUUCCAUAUAGCUGUUUGUACAUUAAACUCAGCUUUAUGCAUGACUGUUGACAUGUUCAUGGGGUGCCAAGUCAGAUUCUCAACCAUUUGUAUUCCCAUUUGAUAUUGGGCCCCAUCUUACAAAGUAUUGCAGUUGAUCUGAUCAACCUCAACUUUAUUGAAAUCCAUCAAUGCCAUAAUUUUUGUUCUCCAGGAAUUUUGCACAAUGUUCCUUGUAAACAAAGAGAAGUACACUGAAUUUUCAAGAAAACAAUGAAUGUAUUAAUACAUCAUAUGUAUAAAAUAUGCAUUUGGAUAUCGACGUUGCUGGCUUUUCGUAGUUGUGGUUGAUCAGAUCACUUGCAAUACUUUGUAAGACGAGGCCCUGAUCUUUGUAAAUUAAAAUUCUUGUUGUUAACAAGCAUAAGCAUAUGAAUGAAAAUUUAAAAAAUGUCAGGAUAUGAUAUUAAAGUGCUAUAGAAAAUUCACUCCCACUGUGUUAUAAGAGGUAAAAAAGGGGUCUCACAUUUUGCCCCCAUGAACAGGUCAGUCACAAGUCAUGUGUAAAUUUGUGCGCAAUUCACGAUCAGCUUUGUAAGAUGCCACAGAGAGUUCAGAAUGUUGGUCCAGGAGUAUUUGCUCACUAAAAUUGACCUUUGACCUUUGACAGGUCAAUGGCCUUUCUGACUUCUUACAUCCGCUACAUUUGAUUUUCAUUUCUUUUAUAUUUUGACAAUUUU